ACACUCGGAGGGCGCUGCUGAUUGGUCAAAAUUGGAGCGGCGGGGCGUGGCCAGCAAAGAGAAGGAAGGAGUUCUUUUCCAAACUGCCGGAAGAGGAGAGCUCGAGGGAAGGGAGAAGAUCCAGCUAGAACAACAAACCAGCCUCAAAGGUUCCUUCACAGAGGACAAUGUGUUGGCUUUGUGUGCUCUUGAAUUCCUCCUCCAACAAGUCAGCGAUAAAAGAGGAACCAGGAGAAGGCCUUGAGGUCACUCCUACUGGGAGUAGCUGUGGAGGACCCUGGGUCAUUGCUGGGAAGAAGACCCCCGUGGAGGACACUCUUGGCCCCGAUGUACAACCAGGACAAGGCCAAGCAAAGCCGGCAGGAGAGGCCAAUGAGGUUGUCUUGGACAUCAAGGAGGGGCCACUCCUCCGGUGGGUGGUGAAGGAGGAGGGCAACGGGAGCGCAACGGUGCUGAGCGAAAACGAGUGGAGCCUGCUUCCUCUUCCUCCCUCUUCUUCAGGCAGAGAUGGGAGGAAGAGUGAGAAGGAGGAGAAAAUGCCUGAUGCACAGGUUGAAAACUCGCAACAUCGACAGGAGGAGGGGAAAGGAGCAGGGAUGAGAGAGCAAGCAGAGAAAAACGCGCUUUGUCCAUCAAUCCUUUCCCAGUUAAAUGAAGAGAAAGCACGGGGAUGUGCGGAGUGUGAAAAGACCUUCUGCAUGAAUACGCAUAGAUCUCAAAUAAUUUGCACUAUGGAUAAGCUAUAUCAGUGUUUAGGGUGCGGAAAGCAGUUUAAUUCAUACGGUUGCAUUGUUGCACAUAAAAAAAACCUUAAUAGGGAGAAACUGUAUAAAUGCCUGGAGUGUGACCAGAGUUUCUGGCGGAAAGAUGAACUCCUAUCACAUCAAGGAACGCACCCUGGGGAGAACCCGUACAAGUGCUGGGAGUGUGGAGAAGGUUUUCACGGGAGUCUAGAGCUUAUUCGACAUGAAACACAUCACGGAGGAGAGACAUUUUACAAAUGUUUGGAAUGCGGAGAGCACUUCCAUUCUGCCAGUCUCCUUGAUGCACAUGGACAAAGCCACGCAGAGAAGCAAUCGGGCAUAGGUUUGGAGUGUGCUAAGAGCUUGCAGACCACCGCAUAUCUUAUUACCUAUCAAUUUCCCCGCAUGGAAGUAAAGCCAUAUAAAUGCAUAUGGUGUGAGGAAAGCUUCAGUGAGCGCAGUUACCUUGAUAUGCAUACAAAAACCCAUGCAGGAGAGAAACCAUUUAGAUGUGUGGAUUGUGGAAAAACCUUCAUUGUACGUUCAAACCUUAUAGUGCACAGAAGAGUCCACACAGGAGAGAAACCAUAUAAAUGCUUGGAGUGUGGAAGGAGCUUCCAUGAGAAAGGGCGCCUUAAUGUGCAUAUUAGAACCCACACCGGAGAGACACCAUACAAAUGUCUAGAAUGUGGAAGGUUCUACAGUGCAAAAAAAGGCCUUAUCCGACAUACAAGAACCCACACCGGGGAGAAACCAUAUAAAUGUGUGCAGUGUGGAACCAGCUUCCAUGUGAGAAGAAGUGUGACUAAGCAUGAAAAAACUCACAUGAAAUAGAAAGAGAAAGAGAAAAUAUAUACAUGCACAUGCCUGGAGUGCGGAAGGAGCAUUUUCAAGAAAUCGGCUCUUAUCUCCCACCAAAGAAUCCACAUAAGGAAAGAAACCAAAACGCUUAGAGCGUUGAGAGAACUUCGCCCAAAGUCUUCCUGACACAAUAUGUAGUUCUGGAAUAACGAAUGAUAUCCUAUGUACACAGAAAUUUUUGUUUAAAAGGCAAAUCUGAAACUCUUGAGUAGACUUAUUUAUUGAGUAACAAAGUACCACUGAGGCAGUGGAAACUGUGGAGCAUGUCUUGUUGUACUGCUCUUUUUACCGAGACCUUCGUAAACAUUUUAUAAAUCCAAUUUUAGAAAGUUUACCCGGGAGAUCUGUAAGGUUUUAUGUUGAUUAUCUUUUGGCAGACCAAGACCCCAAAAUUACUGCCAAAGUUGCUAGCUUUUGUGCAGCAGCUAUAGCUUGUCGGUGCAAGAUGUUGCCAAGGUUUUAGUAGGUUUUAAUAUUUACUUCAGCAUUUACCUUUGUCAUUUUAGCAUAUAAAUGUUUUAUAUCAUUUUAACUACCACAUUCAAUACUGUGUUUUAACCUUGUUCUUCACUGUGUUUCUUAAUAUCUAAUUGCAUAUGUUUCUAUGUUAUUCUGAUGCUUGCACAUUUUAUGUUGCUGGUCAUCGACCAUAAUAAAUAAAUAUAUAUAUUCAUUGAGAAAUAUGAAUACUGUACCCUAACUCUUAUAAAAACAGAUGGGUGAAUGGCAUGAGACUUAUCUAUCUCAGAAGAACCUAAAUGAAACAUCAAACCCCGGUACUUUCUUUGCCACAGCACUGCUGCUUGCUUUUUUGUAUGUGUCGAUGGGGAAGUAGUGAGGAGCAUUGGUGCUUUUUGCUCCCCAUAGAAUGGCCCUCGACUUAUCCAUUGGUCAUAUCAAAAUCCAUAACUUUGGCCUCAAAAACUGCCCUUCACUUAUACAAGAAGUCGACUUAUCCCUGAAUAUAUGUGGGAAAUAUGGCAAAGAAGAAAUACUAUAUUUUGUUGCAUAAUAGCCACACUUUUUCCCUUGAAAAAAAGAGGUGCGGCUAUUAUGUGAAGAAAAAAAUCUGGUGGUUUUUGUGUGAGUUUCUUAAAAUAAAAAAUAAAAUGCCUGAGCUCCUAAUUGGGAGGAAGAUGAGA